UACGGAAGCGAAGAUGGCGACGGUUGAUGCAGGUGAGGAGGAGGUCGGAAGCGCCUGCCAGCAUCACGCACAGCAGGCGAUCUGCGCAUCGCGCGCCAAGUACCGUGAAGGGCGCAGGCCACGAGCAGUGAAGGUUUACACUGUCAAUUUAGAGUCUCGAUAUUUGUUAAUCCAAGGUGUUCCUGCAUUGGGAGUUAUGAAGGAGCUAAUUGAACUUUUUGCAUUAUAUGGAACUAUCGAGGAAUAUAAUCCACUAGAUGGUUAUCCAGCAGAAGAAUUUACUGAAGUGUACUUGAUCAAGUUUUUAAAAAUAUCAAGUGCAAGGGCGGCCAAAAGAAAACUGGAUGAGCGGAAUUUCUUUGGCAGCUUGCUACAUAUAUGCUAUGCUCCAGAAUUUGAGAGUGUACAAGAGACCAGAGACAAACUAAGAGACAGACGAAAAUAUAUAGCAAAAGCAACCAAUUUCAGAGAGCAAUCAUUGGAGACAAAACAGGAUUAUGGUAUAGAUUCUUCAAUGACCAUGCCGUUGGAUCGUGGAUCAUGGGCAUCUAAAACAGCCAUUAGCAAAUGGAAUCCAGUAACAUACACCCAGGACCCCUAUCAAUCUUCCUCUUGCACAUUAUUAGUGAAGCAUAUUACAUCUCCUUCAGAACAGCAUUGCCAGAAUGUAUUAGUAGCUCCUCACUACUCUGAUUACUGUCCUACAACAUCUGCAUGCUUUAGUCAAAAGAUAACAUUGGAUAAAAAGCCACAGCAAAGAGAGCAGGACACAUUGGCUUGCUGGAACCUGGAAAGAAAGGUUCCAUGUUAUGAAGGUCUUGGAAGAUUCAUGCCCCGGACUACUCAACUCCAGGAACGAAAGAGGAGAAGAGAUGAAGACAACAAACUUUCCCUUUUGGGAAGAGAGCCUAAGGGUGAAGAACUUAUUUUUGGCCCAAGACUACCAGAAAUACCUAAAAUAGAUAUGGAUGAUGAUUCACUGAACACCUCAGCAGUCUUAAUUCGCAAUAGACUAAAGAAGAUUGCUGAUCCAGUUCAAACUUCAAAUUCAUCUGAAGAAUUAUUAGUGGAAAAUCAAAAGAAACCAGUAAUAAAGCUAAGGCGGCGAAUAUAAAUAUUUCUGAUUGCAUUUCACGUUUAUAUUUGAUUCACAAGUAGGUAGGCUCUGACUAUUUCUAGACAAAGAAAUAUGGCUUCAUUUGUUAACAUGAAACAGUUCUUGUGAAUCUAAAGUUAUUAUCCAUUAUGUUGAAAUUUAUUGAUGGCUAUGAAUGUCAUCACCUUAUUUCUUAUGCUCCUAAUACUAUCCUAUGAUGCAAUGCAUUGGGUCUAUCCGGCUGCAUUAUAUUUCAUUCAUUAUAUUUUACUUG